AUGGCAAUUGCUCCCACUGCUACUAUUUCUAAUAUUGUCGGAUGUUAUCCUUGUAUUGAACCCCUCUAUGAUAACCUUUAUACCGAAAAUCAAAUAAAAUAUCAAGGGGGUAGCAUCCAAAACAUUCCUAAUCUUCCACCAUCCUUAAAAGAUAAAUAUAAAGGAGCAUUUGAAUUAGAUCCACGGUGGAUGAUUAAAAUCACUGCGGAACGAAGUAAAUGGAUUGACCAAAGUAUUAGUCAUAAUGUAUUUAUCGCAAAACCCUCUGGAUCAGAAUUGAGUGCUAGCCAAGUUGAAAAGUCUACUUUGGAUGCCAGUAAAUUCGGUUACACUCAAAAACGAGAUAGUGAACAAGCAACUGUCAAAUUAAAAAAGCAAAGGUGA